GGCCUGCUGUCGACCAAGCUCGGUCAGCUUCUUGAGUUUUGAGUCCUUGUGCCACAUUUCAUACUGGCCGUGUCGGAUUAGGAAGAGGUGACGUUUGGCCUUCGACUGGGGCUCCUUUUUCUUCUCACCGUCUGUCUCUUCCGCGGCAGGCGAAGCUCUGUGGUCCCAGUUACGGUUCCACUUGUGAACACCCUUCUUGUACUGCCCUAUGGCUUCCUCUAGGUCGUACGCCUUAGCCUUGGCUCUCUGGAGCGAGAAGCGUUCUCUGUUGGUCCAUAGAGCGCCUGCGAGGACGCCAGACGUUGCUAACACAGCUGCAAAUCGACGUAAUCCCAUCUAGAACACGCUGGAUGAGUAAAUCUACGGUGCAAAGAAGAGGAGACGGCCAGAUUUUCUUAUUAGAGCUCACUGACUCUUUUUAGUGCCCACCAGCACUUUUUCCGCACAUGUGACGUCGUGGUCGCGCUGAGAGAUGCCGCGUCUGACUGCAGAGCUCGUUGCAGAGGCUCCCCAGUUCACCAAUGCAGUCAAGGACUGGGAGAUUGACCUCAGAGGGAACAAAAUUGCAGUUAUAGAAAACCUAGGGGCCACUUUGGAUCAAUUUGACACCAUUGACUUGUCGGACAAUGAGAUUAAGAAAUUGGAGGGAUUUCCCCUAUUGAAGAGACUCAAAUCCAUUCUUCUCAGCAACAACAAGAUCUGUCGUGUAGCUGAUGGCCUAGAGCAGUGUCUUCCUAAGCUGGAGACACUUGUUCUUACAAACAACAAUCUGGACAAACUUGAGGAUUUGGAACAACUUGCUACCGUCACCACAUUGCAAUAUCUGUGUCUGCUGAGGAACCAGGUGACGCACAGACCUAACUACAGGCUGUAUGUCAUCCACAAGAUACCUCAGCUUCGAGUACUGGACUUCAAGAGAAUCAGACAAAAGGAGCGAGAGCAGGCAAAGAGGGCAUAUGGAGAGAAGAAACCGGCAGAGCCUCGCAAGUCAAAGACCUUUGUUCCGGGAGCCACCCAGAAGACCCUCCCUCCUCCUCCACCCCAGCCCUCUGGUCCUUCGCCUCGGGAAGUAGCCAGGAUUAGGGAAGCAAUUGCUAAUGCCAAGAGCCUGGAUGAAGUCCAGCAACUUGAGGCCAUGCUGAAAGCUGGCCAGAUUCCGGGCGACGUGGUAACGAGCAAUCAUCACGGGGGCACCCACAGCCAGGCCAGGGGAGGAGGCUACGAGAUGGAGGAAGAAGAGGUGGAGGGGUGAAAAGGGACGGAAACCGUUCGACUUUUGUGAUUUACAAUACAUGCAUGUAGUCGAGGCCCGAUGCAGUGAUUGUUUUAGUUGUGCAUAAUGUGCUGUACACAUGCAAGUUUUGAAUCAGACUGACAAAAAUACCGAUCUGAAGCGCACUGUAAAAGACAC